GCCGCCCGUAGGAUGCUCAUGCAUUCGACAUAGGUGAGCAGCUCGAAAUCAACGUAUAUCAACCCUUGUAAACGACGAAGGAUGCUUCGUUCGCUCAAGAAGACGACGACGUCGGCUGAGCCCGCGCCGACCCGAACAACCCGUUCGACUGCGGUCAAGCUUGACGAUGUGCAAGAUUCCACCUCACGAUCCGCUAUCAAGGCCUACUUGAGGAUUCGACCCAUGCCGGCAUCGACACUCCCGUAUCUUUCGAUGGUGGACGAACAGAGUGUCUUGAUGACUCCUCCAAAAAGAUACAACGCCAAACCCCCUCAAUUGUAUACUUUUGAUGGAAUCUUCGGACCCACAACUAUGCAAGAGGCUCUCUUUUCUCAGACGACGCUUCCUCUCAUCCGCUCGGUCCUCACGGAAACCCAGAACGGCUUGCUUUUCGGCUACGGUGUUAGCAAUAGCGGGAAGACCUAUAGCCUUCAAGGAGGAUCAGAGGAGUCUAGAGGGAUCGUGCCAAGAGCUAUCGACGUGAUCUUCAACUCGAUAGGGAAUAAGUUGAAGCCGGAAGGGAAGGUAGCGGGAAUGGACGCAGAUGAGCAUAUGAAGCCGGUUGACGCGAACGAUGCGGGGGAAGAUACCGCUAUCAAACUUGAAGAUGGUGCAGAGUACGCUAUCUGGGUGUCAUAUAUGGAAGUAUACAACGAGAAACUGUUCGAUCUUCUUUCCCGUGUCAACAACAUCGCAAGCAUCUCUUCUUCGUCCAUCAGCAACAACAUCAAGCGUCCAUCGCUCAAAUCACCCCGAUGGAUUCGGGUCCGCAGUCGCGCAGAAGCCCUCGCGCUGUUUCGCAUCGGUCAGGCCGAUCGACAGAUAUUCGAAACCGCCCAGAAUCGGACCUCUAGCCGAAGUCACGGGGUAUUCGAACUUCGGAUAGCCAAAAUACAAGGCUCCAAGUCUUCCAGGACGAAACCACCUCCACCCCGAAUCUGCAAGCUCUCGAUCGUGGACCUCGCCGGCUCUGAACGAGCUAAGCACACACAGAACACAGGAGAUCGGUUGCGCGAGGCCAGCCACAUCAACACGGGCUUGAUGAGUUUAGGGAGAUGCAUGGAGAUAGUUCGUCUAAAUCAGCACAACAAAAGGAAGACGCUGGUCCCAUACAAACACUCCAAACUCACUGAAAUCUUCAAGAGCUUCUUUCUCGGAGAGGGUUCUGCGGUGAUGUUGGUCUGCGUGAAUCCGUUUGACACCGGAUUCGAUGAGAAUUCGCAUGUGAUGAGGUUCGCUGCGGUGGCGAGAUCGAUUCAAACGACGGCGAUGGCGACGUCCACGACUUCGUCGAAGUUCGUACCCGUGCAAGAAGGUAGCGAUAUCGAUGAAGAGAGCGAAGACGAACCCCGAGACGCGAUUGUGACUUACCUCUGGGACCAAGUGCGGGAACUACGAGCGCAGCUCCUCGAGGCCCAGCUUCAAAACGCUGUGAUCGAAGCCGAAGUGCGGGAAGAGGUCGUUCAAGAGACCCAGGAGACGUUAGAGGAGAUGAAGCGGGUAUACGAUGAGCGUCUAGCCAUUGAGAUCGAGGCGCUGGAGAAGAAGGCGGACGUCAAGAUCGAAAUGAUGCGACAAAGUCAAGAGGACAGUGACUGAUGCGAUUCCAAUCCGAUCGCCCAUCUCGUGUAGUCGUGUUACGCACGAGGGACUUCAGCUCUGUCUAUCGACGAAGUCAAAACUAGUACACACCCAAAUUUACUGUCACUUAGGCACGUGAUCAGACAUCUCGAUUCGCCAACCAUGUCGGAGAGCAAUCGGGACCGUCAAUAUCGGACGAGUCCCGCUAUCACCUGAUCACGUCGCAUGCGAGUCGACAGCCUGUCUUGGCUUCGAUCGAACACAGCGUCGUCGCACCAAAAACGGCUCGAGGUGUGUCUGAUCAAGGCGUAUCUAUCGCAAAUCAUACAGAUAUUGCGUAAUUUGAUAGCUCUCGUUGUACAAUCUUUUCGUGUAUACA